GUUAGGCUGAAGUAAACUUGCCAGCAGCUCUUGACGGCCGCUGCGGGACUUUUCAGAGGGACCGAGAGAAGGAGCACCGCGGAGAUGAAGCUGUGCCGCACUUUUCUAGAAAAUGAGUUUCGGGGCGAGCUGGUGAACCAGCGGUGGACACGAGGCGAGAGGACCAGCAGCCGCUGUCAGGCCUCCCAGAGACUGCAGAGCCAUCGACCAAUCAUGAUGAGCGUAGAGGGUGACGAUAAGCGAACUCGCACUCGGUCCAAGGGAAUCAGAGUUCCUAUUGAGCUUGUAGGACAAGAGCUGAGCUGCCCCACCCCUGGAUGCAAUGGCUCUGGCCAUAUCAGUGGGAGAUACUCACGACACAGAAGCAUUCUGGGUUGCCCAAUAGCGAGAAAGCGCCGUCUAGAUGAAGCAGAGGCAGAGCAGGAACAAGAACAGGAAACAGAACGGCCUGCCUCUAAGAGGAAGUCCCACCCCCUGAAACUAGCCCUAGAUGAAGGUUUUAGUGCAGAGAGUGACGCAAGCAGUGAGGCUGAGGGCGAUGGAGAGAAAACAGAAGGAGCCAAGGUAGAAGACGAAGUGGAGGAGACAGACACAGGUGUGGAGGAGGAGAGAGAGGAAAUGACAGAACUCACACAGGAUGGACAGACAAAUGGUCGGGAGGAGAACACACAACAGAAAGAGAAGGAAGAGACGUAUAAGAAGGAGGAGAACUUUGCAGCUGAUGAAGAGGAGGAGUGUGUGAUCAUCGAGCCUGAGCUCAGAGCAGCGGUACCUGCAGCUGAGGAGUGUCACUCUCCCUCACAGAGCACCGAGGAGGUGGCCAACUCUCUCCUCCACCUGGGCUGUGUCAACAACAACAAUGCUCCAACUGUGGCCAUUCAGCAGACUGUUGCUAUGGAGACCGAGAAGGAUGUCACAUUGGCCAUUACACAGGGUGAAGAAGUAAAGGAAGAGCAGGAGAAGGACACAAACGAGGGAGAAGAGGAAGAUGAGGAGGUGGCACAUGGAGUUCAAGCACUGAAGGAAUCAUCUGCUCUGCAGCAGGAGGCAGCUGAUGUGGAGGAUGAGCAAGGGGAGCACGAAGAUAUGAGCAACCACAUGAGCCCACAGCAUCUGACUAAAAGUGACCAGUGUGAACAGUUCAUAGGUAAAGACAAUGAAAAAGAAAAGAUAGUAGUGCCAAUGCAGCAGAGGCAGGGCACUUCAGCAGAUGAGGAGGAGCACAGGGAUGUUUUGCCCAUUUCUGAUGUGCCAACUGCCAUCCGCAUCAUCACCAGCACCGCAGCAGCUCAGGGAACACACAUGGCUGAAGACCACAGGGCCAGUCCUCUGGAGGACUACAACUCAUGCGGGGCAAGUCCCUUUGAGAACAGAGCCAGUCCACAAGACAGCUCUCUUAAGGCUAGCUCAAUUCAGAACUAUAAGGCCAGCCCUCCUUUAAGCUACAGCUCCCACAGGGCCAGUCCACUGGAGGACUACUUUCCCAUUCCCAGAGGGGAGAACUACAAAAUCCACAAAGCUUCAUCCUCAGCCUCUCCUGACAUUAUCGAGGUACGAUCCGAUAAGUCAGAGGACAAAGACUUUGACGAUGUGGAUGGAGAUGACGAGCGCGAUGAUGAAGACAGCCUGUCGCAGCGCUCGGCAGUGACGGACGAGUCAGAGAUGUUCGACAUGACCCGAGGGAACCUGGGCCUGCUAGAGCAAGCCAUUGCCCUGAAGGCAGAGCAGGUGAAGCCAGCAGGACCCAGAGAGCUGCUCCGCACACCAGAUAUCCACCACCAGCGGUACUUCACCAUGGAGGACAGGCCCAAGCACCUGGACGUCAUCCGCAAGAGCUAUUUCAGCAAAGAGAGCAGCAGGCCAGAGAAGAGGGAGAACAAGUGUCCCACACCGGGAUGUGAUGGCACUGGUCACGUGACCGGUCUUUACCCCCACCACCGCAGCCUGUCAGGCUGUCCGCACAAGGACAGGAUCCCCCCAGAGAUUCUGGCCAUGCAUGAAAACGUGCUGAAGUGUCCGACUCCUGGCUGCACAGGUCAGGGCCACGUCAACAGCAACCGCAACACACACCGCAGUCUUUCUGGUUGUCCCAUCGCUGCUGCAGAGAAGCUGUCUAAGAGCCACGAUAAGCAGCAUCUCUCUCAGUCAGGGAGCGAGCACCUCAAAGGAAGUCCCAAUGACAGAGUGCUGAGCCCCACCCUGACGUCCUCUCCCUCUCCCCCCUGCAGACCCAUGUGUUUUGUGAAGCAGCUAGAGGUGCCCCAGUAUGGGAGCUACAGGCCCAACAUGGCACCUUCCACACCUCGUGCCAACUUGGCCAAGGAGCUGGAGAAGUACUCCAAGGUGUCCUUCGAUUAUGCAAGCUUCGAUGCUCAAGUGUUCGGGAAGCGCACGCUUGCUCCAAAGAUGCCCACCAGCGAAACCUCACCUAAAGCCUUCAAAACUAAGCCGUCAUUCCCCAAGUCAUCAUCACCUAGUCUCAGCCUCCACGGUUAUGGGAAAAGCUCCUCAUUGGCCUACGACUACGCCCAUGAUGCCGAAGCUGCUCACAUGGCUGCCACUGCCAUCCUUAACCUGUCUACUCGCUGCUGGGAGAAACCUGAGAACCUUAGCACCAAACCCCAAAACAAGGAAAUGGACAUUGAAGUGGAUGAGAACGGCACCCUGGACCUGAGCAUGAAAAAACCCAUUAAACGAGAGGGAAGUCUGUCUGGGACGAGCCCCGGUGUUCGGUCUCCAGACCCUUCCUCCUCCUCUUCCUCGCUGCAUCAUGGUGGAAACAGCGGGAUGACAUCACCAAGCAUACACACCUACAAGCAGGAGGACUGGGAGGGACCUCUGGAUUACACCAAACCUAACCGUCAAAGAGAGGAGGAAAUGGACGAGAUGGAGCAUACCGGCCAGUCGUACGUCUCAUCCGAACCAGAAGACUGUGACAUGAUGCAGGAUUGCCUAGAGGAGAGGAAAUACCCAGGAGAGGUCACAACCCCGAGCUUCAAGGUCAAAUUUCAGCCCAAAGAUAGCAAGAAGGAGUUGCUCUCGUGUCCAACACCUGGCUGUGAUGGCAGCGGCCACAUCACUGGGAACUAUGCGUCGCAUCGCAGUCUGUCUGGGUGUCCUCUCGCUGAUAAGAGCCUUCGGUCCCUCAUGGCGGCCCACACCCCUGAACUCAAAUGCCCCACUCCCGGAUGUGACGGCUCAGGUCACAUCACAGGAAACUAUGCGUCACACAGAAGUCUCUCUGGGUGCCCGCGUGCCAAGAAAAGUGGAAUUAAAACUCCUGCCAAGGACAACCAGGAGGACUCCGAGCUUUUAAAAUGUCCGGUGCCGGGCUGUGACAGCCUGGGCCACAUCAGUGGAAAGUACGCCACACAUCGUAGCGCUUACGGGUGCCCGCUGGCGGCCCGUAGACAAAAGGAGGGUCUUCUGAAUGGCACGCCAUUCAACUGGAAGGCCUUCAAGACAGAGGGUCCAACCUGCCCCACCCCAGGUUGUGAUGGCUCUGGACAUGCUAACGGAAGUUUCCUCACACACCGCAGGUAA